AUGGCGUCUACCGGCCAGGGAACUGGUGAACCCGACCGCCACCGCGUUGGUGAACAUUGGAGCGGUGCCAAUCCCAUUCCUACUGUGCAGAAAUUCAUCGAGCGCCUCGACGUGGAGAAGAAGGAGCGGGACAAGAGAAUUGAUGCAGAAAACAAGGCCAGAAAGCAACGGGCAGCUUUGAAACAGCAAGAGCAAUAUAAGUCUGGAAGACCGGAUGAUGGAGCACAAACAGAGGUUAUGGUCCAUGAGGCCCGUGAAGUUGCUCAAGCCAAUGUUCGCAUGGUGACCGAUCCGACAACUGGAAAAGAGAUUGGAGUCGAGGAUCAAGGACCUUCUUCAAUGGAAGCUGUCAAGAACCCAAAGUUAACCGUACCCAACGCCAAUCUUGGUCGACCGACUGAACACAAAACCAGCCAUGAUCAAGAGCUCUCCGAGUACAAGGAGAAGCAAGACAUCACCGCUCCUCCUGAUCCCAUUGCCGAAGGCACGACCUCCGACGUUCCUAUCCGUGGCGAGAAGACCAACAUCCUCUUCCACCCUACUCCCACAGUCUCAUACAAGCCUAUGUUUGACCAACUAGAGAAGCGCGGAACAGCACUAUGUAUUGCAAUUCCCUUUGCAAUCAUUGUUCUCGGGCGGGCCUUUGGAGGCUCCCUCCUCGGACUCAUUCCGCUAGCAUUUUGCGUUACGAGCGGUGUCUGGCUAUGGGUGCAAGAGGUAAUCAAGAGUGGCAAGGAAAUGGAAUGGAGCAGUGAGCAGAUGCGCGGUCAAAUGGCCACUGCGAAUCUACUUCCAGAAUCUGUCGAAUGGAUGAAUUCCUUCCUGACCGUGGCGUGGGGACUUAUGAAUCCUGAGAUGUUGACACCCAUGGCCGACACAAUCGAAGAUAUUAUGCAAGCAUCCGCUCCCAAGGUCGUCGAGAACGUCCGAAUUGCGGAGAUAGACCAAGGAAACAACCCCUUGCGAAUCCUUAGUAUGCGUGCUCUACCCGACGAGCACGUCCAGAAUCUCAAAGAUAACAUUCAUGAGGAAAAUAUCAAGAACAAGGAUCCACAAGAGGCUGCAGCCGCCGAAGAAGGUGGGAGCUACUACAAUAUGGAAGCUUCUUUUGCAUACCACGCAAAGCCUAGUAGCGGAUCUGCUUCGUCGAAGGCUCGCAAUAUGCAUAUGCACUUGGUCUUCUAUUUGGGUAUCCGUGGUCUAUUUGGGGUUCCGUUCCCGGUUUUUGUCGAGUUGACCGAGCUGGUUGGUACAGUCCGACUGCGCUUCCAAUUGAUGCCUGAGCCACCAUUCAUGAAGGAGGUAACUUUCAGUUUAGUGGGUAUUCCACACGUACGUGCAGGCUGCGUGCCUAUGAUCCGUCGUGGUGUGAACAUUCUUAAUCUUCCUUUGAUCUCAAAUUUUGUCAACUAUGCUAUCGGUGCCGCCUGCGCCAUGUUCGCAGCCCCAAAGUCGAUGACUAUGGAUCUUAGCAUGAUGCUAAAGGGUGACGAUAUCCACAAGGAUACUCUAGCGCUUGGUGUCAUGUGGAUUCGUAUUCACCGUGCAGUUGGCCUGAGCAAGCAAGACCGACGUGGUAGUGAAGGUGGUGGCAGUGACCCGUACAUUAACCUGUCGUUCUCAAAGUAUGGCAAGCCCAUGUACUGCACUCGUGUUAUCACGGACGACCUCAACCCCAUCUGGGAAGAGACUGCUGCGCUUAUUGUCACACCGGAGCUGAUCAAAGCGGAUGAAAACCUUAGCAUUGAGCUCUGGGACUCGGACCGUAACACGGCGGACGAUAUCUGCGGUAAAGUUGAGCUACCCAUUCGGGAAAUGCUCCAGCAUCCCGGCCGCAUGUAUCCUCAGGUCUCCAAACUGCAAGGUCUAGACGAUGGCAGCGAGAUGCCGGGUCAGCUACACUGGGAAGUUGGAUACUUUGGCAAGCCCAAGUUGCGCCCCGAGCUGCGCACAGAUGGCAAGAAGAAGGAUCUUCCUGAUAACCUUAAGGGAGACCCAAGGUUUGAAGAUGAGAAGGGAACUAUCACUAAUGAUGAAGAGGAUGCUGUUAUGCACACCCCGCCGGAUCCUAUCUGGCCUAGCGGCAUCGUGCAUAUUGUGGUGCAUCAGAUCGUGAACCUUCAAUUGAAUAACAUCAAGGGCAGUGAAGGGAACCGCAAGGGUAGGGAGUAUGAACCUGCGAAGCCCUUCGGCGAGAACACCGAGGAAGAGGGCGACCAUUUGCCCACCAGUUAUUGCAAGAUCAUGCUCAAUGAUCAGUUGAUCUACCGCACUCGUCCGAAGGCUGUGAGCUCCAAGCCCAUCUUCAAUGCCGGAACAGAGCGCUUUGUGCGUGACUGGCGAUCUGCCGUGGUCACCAUCACCGUGCGAGACCAGCGUUAUCGCGAACACGACCCAAUUCUAGGCGUCGUUCCCAUCAAGCUCUCCGAUCUUCUGCAGACCAGCUCACAGGUCACCCGCUGGUACCCUCUCGAUGGUGGUGUCGGCUUUGGACGCAUUCGUAUCUCCAUUCUCCUUCGCCACGUUGAGACCAAGCUCCCACCAAACAUGCUGGGCUGGGACGUUGGCACCUUCGAGUUCGUUAGCAACAAGAUCCUUGCCAAGGACUAUGGACGACAGUGCAAGAUCAAGCUACGCACUGGCGGUAGCACGGGCAAGAUUACUCGCAAGGCUGGAAACCUGGAUGGCAACGAUCUGAGCUACGAUAUCUCCGACGAGACUUUCCGAGAUAGCCUCCGCAUGCCAGUGAAGCACAGAUACCGUUCCCCAGUUGUCUUUGAGUUCCACAACCAAGGCAAGCGGGGCGCAGCCGCAUACGCAGUCCUCUGGCUCCAGCAUCUAGUCGACAACGAAGAAACCGACAUCGACAUUCCAAUCUGGACAACAAAGAGCGGUGCCCGCCUCACACAAAACUACAUCACCGAAAAGAACUGGAAAGCUAAGGAGGUCCCUGGACUGGAAGACCUGACCGAAGUUGGCCGGCUGCAGUUCAAGUGCAAGUUCUCCCCGGGCAUCGACGAGUCGCACGAGCAAUUCGUCACUGAUAACGACUCGCGCGAGACCUUUGAGACGUGGGAAGCUUGCAUGUCGCAGGGUGUUCGCUCGCGCAGCGUCUCAGUCGAGGUUCCCCGCGAAACCCAAGAGAAACACAAGCAGUCGCUCAUUGAUGGCCGCGAUGUCCUCAAGCAAGCUGAUCCCAACGAGCGACGCCGGUGGAUUGACCGUGACGGUCAUGACUGGAGCGGUGCAUUCGGUCACGACCCCCGCGCAUACACAGACUCUAAUGGUCAUAAGGUUGCUGAGCCUGGACGCGACGAGCCACAGCAUGACCCUGUUACGCCGCCUCCAUUGAAGGGUCAGUCUUCUCCCAAUUCAGACGCACAGAACGGGACUCAGGUGAUGAAUACGCACGAUGGUGAAGCUACCUCCGACUCGGAUGACUCCGAGACAGAGUCAUCCUCGUCCUGGACCCCGUCGACUGUUAGUCCCACCGCGGACGCGGGAUCAUCGCGGGCUAGCAGUAGCCAGCUAAGCCAGAGCCAGAUCAACAAGGUCAAUAAGCGAAGUGAGCAGCGUCAGCAACGUGGAAUGAUGCAGUGGAAAUCUGCGCGAAAUGCUGUGUUUGCAAAGGACGAGGCCAAGUUUGCGCUGAGGAAGAUGAAAAAGAAGAUUGGGAUGGGCGAUCUGACUGGUCGCGAGCCGGACGUUGAGACAGAGACAUGA